CUGGAAUAGACACUCUAUACCCUCGAUACCGGUCAAUUAGGUGGAAUUAUGAAGGUCCAGAAGGAGAUGGACGUGUUGGACGUUAGUCUACGUGUUCUGGAAUGGAAGGAGGAAUUAAACCAAUGUACUACAUGGUUGGUGCGGAUGGGUCUGCAGGUGCGGAAUGAGAGAUUGUGGGGGUCAUUGGAGCUCCGAAUGAUCAGUUUGAUAAAAAGAGGGAGGUUGAUAUGGCCCUCUCUCCGUUCCCCUUUUGUUUUCAUUGUAACCGUUAUUAUUAUAUUCAUACCUCUUACAAAUGUAUUAGGUGAUCCCCUGGUCUGCGGAUAUGGCGUCGAUAUUUCAUCAUUCACCGAAGUUGGAAAGUUUUCAGAUGAUGAUCCUACGCGCAGAGAGAGUUUUGGGUAUGUAGAGUGGAACAACACUGGCGGGACGAAUGAAGGAAAUAGAGGUGGAUGGGUUGGCGGAAUUACGGGGGGUAGUGCUUGAGAGUCAAGAAGGGGCCAGGAAGGGUAGUUAAGGCGUUGAGCGAACAGGCUAUAUGUGAGGAGAUAUCGGUGAUGAAAGGGUGCCCUCUGUUCUCACUGUUGAAAGUUAG